AUGACACCGAUUGCAACAAAUCCACAACAAACCGCAACUGACUCAAGUCAAAUUGUAGCAAAGAAAAUUCAGGAAAUUUGGAGUCGUGCUUCAAUUCCAACCAUUCAGCAGUGCAGUAUUAUAAAGCGAAUAACAAGUUAUCGUCUUAAAAUUAGAAAUUUACUAAAACCUUAUAAACAACGCAGUGGUGUUGCAAGUUAUAAAAAACAGUUAAAUGAUUUCAGAACACAAUCCAAAGUACUAUUUGAUGUGGCUGCUUGUAAAUGUCUAGAUUUAAAUAAUUGUUCUUGCGAUAAAGUAUUUAAAGUGCCAGCAGCCGAACGACCAUUUUUAGAAGACCAAAGAACUCAAAGACGAAUGGUAAUUGGUGCCAUAGAUAUAACAAUGUCCAAAAAGUUACAGAACCGAGAGGAGAGAAAUUUAUUGCAAAUUCAAAAACAAUUAAAUGAGAAUGUUGUUCACCUGUGCUUGCAAGAACACUCGAUCGUUUUGGUAUUUCUGAUCGAGCUGGUGCUGCAGUCGCUUCAGCAGUACUACAAGACGUCGGUAUUAUAA